ACAGGGGCGCCAACCCGAGCGCUGCGUGGGAUUUCGUGUCCGCCGAAGUCUGCACGCUUCACCUUGUCUUUCUGCGGCUCAGCGGAAUCCAGUCGGACUGCAAUCGUCUCGUCGCCAUGGCGCCCACCAUCCAGACCCAGGCCCAGCGGGAGGAUGGCCACAGGCCCAAUUCCCACCGGACUCUGCCUGAGAGAUCUGGAGUGGUCUGCCGAGUCAAGUACUGCAAUAGCCUCCCUGACAUCCCCUUCGACCCCAAGUUCAUCACCUACCCCUUUGACCAGAACAGGUUUGUCCAGUACAAAGCGACUUCCUUGGAAAAACAGCACAAACAUGACCUCCUGACUGAGCCAGACCUGGGGGUUACCAUUGACCUCAUCAACCCCGACACCUACCGCAUUGACCCCAGUGUACUCCUAGAUCCAGCUGAUGAGAAGCUUCUGGAAGAGGAGAUUCAGGCCCCCACUAGCUCCAAGAGGUCGCAGCAGCACGCGAAGGUGGUGCCAUGGAUGAGGAAGACAGAGUACAUCUCCACCGAGUUCAACCGUUACGGUAUCUCCAACGAGAAGCCUGAGGUCAAGAUUGGGGUUUCUGUGAAACAGCAGUUCACUGAGGAAGAAAUAUACAAAGACAGGGAUAGCCAGAUCACAGCCAUUGAGAAGACUUUUGAGGAUGCCCAAAAAUCGAUCUCCCAGCAUUACAGCAAGCCCCGAGUGACACCGGUGGAGGUCAUGCCUGUCUUCCCCGACUUUAAGAUGUGGAUCAAUCCAUGCGCUCAGGUCAUCUUUGACUCAGACCCAGCCCCCAAGGACACAAGUGGUACAGCUGCUUUGGAGAUGAUGUCUCAGGCCAUGAUCAGGGGCAUGAUGGAUGAGGAAGGGAACCAGUUUGUGGCCUACUUCCUGCCUGUGGAAGAGACGCUGAAAAAACGAAAGCGGGACCAGGAGGAGGAAAUGGACUAUGCCCCGGAUGAUGUGUAUGACUACAAGAUUGCUCGGGAGUAUAACUGGAAUGUGAAGAACAAGGCUAGCAAGGGCUACGAGGAAAACUACUUCUUCAUUUUCCGAGAGGGGGAUGGAGUUUACUACAAUGAGCUGGAGACCAGGGUCCGCCUGAGUAAGCGCCGGGCCAAGGCUGGGGUUCAUUCGGGUACCAAUGCCCUGCUUGUGGUCAAACACCGCGACAUGAACGAGAAGGAAUUAGAAGCUCAGGAGGCACGGAAAGCCCAGCUGGAGAACCAUGAACCCGAGGAGGAGGAGGAAGAGGAGAUGGAGACAGAAGAGAAAGAAGUUGGGGGCUCAGAUGAGGAGCGAGAGAAAGGCAGCAGCAGUGAGAAGGAAGGCAGCGAGGACGAGCGCUCCGGCAGUGAGAGUGAACGGGAAGAGGGUGACAGGGAUGAGGCAAGUGACAAGAGUGGCAGCGGCGAGGACGAGAGCAGUGAGGAUGAGGCGCGUGCCGCCAGGGACAAAGAGGAGAUCUUCGGCAGCGAUGCAGAUUCGGAGGACGCCGACUCUGAGGAUGAGGACAGAGGGCGGGCCCACGGCAGUGACAAUGACUCUGAGAGCGGCAGUGAGGGUGCUGGCCAGCGGAGCGCCAGCCGCAGCCCGAGCCGCAGCCCCAGCCCCAGCCCGAGCCGCAGCGCCAGCCCCUUCCCCAGCGGCAGCGAGCACUCAGCCCAGGAGGAUGGCAGUGAAGUGGCACCUUCUGAUUCCAGUGACGCCGACAGUGACAGUGACUGAGUCCCAGGACCUUCAGGGCUGGCGCAGCUGCGAUCGUUCUGUGAUCAUUAUGCGCAGGAAGGCACUUUCCCAGUGGUCCGUUUGUGAGCCUUUUACUUUUGUUUCCCUGCCUCCCUCCAAACCUUUGCUACUAAUAAAGCCACUUCUCUAUUUCCCUCCCCAGGCCUAUGGUCUCCUUCUGCUGACAUCUCCCCGCUCCCAUCCCGCCCUUCCCCGUACCCCUUCCCCCAGGCACUUGGUGGCCUCCACUUAAGGCAUAAGAAGCAAAGUCCACAAAGGCAGGACCAUUAGGUUUUCAAUGAAAUGUAGCAUAACAAAGGUCAGAAUCGUGUUUUUUUUUUCGUUGUUGUUUUUUUUCCAAAAUAAGCCCAGACCAUUAAACAAGUGAAACUCCAACAAAUAAGUCUUCUCCAACAGCGAGAAAAACUGUACAGUUACUCAAAGCUGAUCUGCCAGUGGGGCUGGGGAUAGAAAGGAGGGUGAAAUCAUGGCGGAGGGGCCGGUGGGGGCACUGGAGCGGGAGCGGGUCAGGGUCCUGCCCAUCAGAGUGGGGCCGCCUGCGUCCUGCACACUCUGCUGUCAGGUGGAAGGAGGGGGGCAGCUCUUGCCUCCCACUGUGUUGGGGGGGGAUUGUCCCUUACCACCUCCCAGUGCCAGGAAGAGCCAGCUCACUCUGAUGGCUAGUGAACAAGAUGGGACUGGCUGGGAGGAGGAGGGUCCUGUAAGAGGGACACCCUGCUGAUUCCAAACAAGGCGGCCCCUGUCUGUCCCACUUCCCGGGGCUCGUGGGAGAGGGACUGGAGAAGCCCUGGGAGUUUGAGGGGAAUGAGCAAAGGCACAGAAACAUGGAGGGGCCGGGGUGGGGGACUUGCAUAGGUUGAUGAGUGUGCAAGAGGUACAUAAAUAAACCUGACACCCCACCCAGCCCGGCACUGGGAGAGGAGGUGGGGACCUGGAGCAGGUCCCCAGGGCUACACCACCCCCUGGUUUCCUCCCCCUCCCUGGGCUCAGCUGAGGGAGGUCCAGACCAGGAGGGCGGGGGUAAGAAGGUCAAGGGAAUGGGUGGAGAGUGCAGGGAGGGCGGUGGUUUUCAUUUUUUUUUUUUUUGGUUUUUUUUUUUCCCAACAUUUUGUAUCUUUAAUAACA